AUGGCGUCCAUCAUAGAAAGUGAAGAAGAACUGGCGUGUUUGAAUCGAGAAGUCGACGAGGAAAUGGAUCAGAUCACAAACACUUGCUCCUGGAUAUUGGCCCAGAACUGUUUAAAGCCUACAAUCAAUAAUGUUGUUGCGCUUGGCGAUUUGGAGCUUUUGAAGAUGUUGGACUCUGAAUCUUUCAUAUUGAAGAGUAACUCGCUUGUAGCAAUGGCUUCAGCUUUAGGGAACGGCACUAGCUCCACAAAUCUUAUCAAUAUGAGAGAACAAAUAGCCAGUAGCGGAAAAGAAUUGGAGAAUCUGAUUGUACAAAUGCGGUCAGGAACACUCGAAGGUGAGGUGGAAGAAUAUCGUGAGAAAAUACGUGAAAUACGGGCAAAAAAGCAUUCGAUCCUACACGAAAUGAACGAAAGACAGCAGAGCGUCAAUGCGGAGGAACUAAGCAUCGCCGGAUUCAUCGAUUUGCUGAAAGAGAUAAAUCGAGACAUUGAAACUACUAUUCAUUGCCAUGGACAGGAACUUCAAAAACUGGAAAACAUAUUUAAUGACGUUGCCUUCGGGUCUCCUUUGUUUGGUGAUGUAUGUGAGUAG